AUGGCUGCUGCCUUCCAGCCGCUUCUUCCACCUCAUACCAUCCCUCCCCCAAAUCCUCUUGAGCGAAAACCGAUUCGCUUUCCUCGCAAGAAUGGAUCUGUCUCUGCUCUUCUUCGGGAUACCAUUUCCCUGACCAGCUGGCUAUUACUCGGGGCUCUCCUCCAAGGCAUCGGCUGCCUGAUCCUCGGACCACGCGCCAUCCUCCCAACCAUUCUGACCCUCGCCUAUCGACUCACGGACCACCUCUUAAUGACAUUCAACCUCACUCGAAACCGCUAUCUCGACAACGUCCUCCUCACCAAAGGGAGUCCACAACUCCCCUUUCCCAACGGCACCUUCGGCGCCGAGCCAUCCCGCGACCAAAUUGUAGUCUUCCACCUCGGUGUGCGCAGCCAUCAUCCCCUAGGCUUUCUUGCCCCAGGCAUGAAAGGCAUCGUCGACAGUUUUGACCGCAUGAUGCGGGAAAUGCACGCCGAUCCUGAAACAGCCGGCCUAUUGGGUCUGUCGACCUUUCUCAAGCAGGAACAGGCGGCGGGGAACGAACUUCUCAACAUCUUCUACUUGCGCGAUUACAAGGCUCUGCAUCGUUUUGCCUAUGGAGAUUCUCAUAUGAAGGGGGUGAAGUACUUUCGUAAGAUCACCGAGACGUGUCCGCAUAUUGGGAUCUUUCAUGAAACUUUUGUGGUGCCCCGGGGUCAUUGGGAGGCGAUUUAUAUUAAUAGUGAGCCGACGGGGCUGGGGGAUACUUGGUUUCCGGUGAGAUCUGGAGACGGGAGGGAGGAAGAGAAGAGUCAAGUGGAAGUGGAAGUAGAAGUGGCGGAGAAGGAGAAGCAGAAAGACAAGGAAGAAAAUGGUGAGCGUGUGUUUAUUCGGCCUCUUGUGGAAGCCGGCACUGGUAUACUGAGAUCCAAGACGGGGAGGUUGUCGGUGGAGAGGAUGGAGGAGAUGAGGCAGUACGAUGAGAUGAUUGGCAAUAUGAAGAUCUGA